AUGGAAAGGAAAGGUAGCAACGGGCAGAUAGGAAUUGAUGAUGUGAGAAUGGAAAAGGGAAGAUGGAGAGUAAUUCGACCUCGGCAAGCAAGGGUUUUCUCAGCCCAAAACCUGUCGGAAACAUCUAUAUGGGAAAUGGGCCCAAUGCCCAAUGACACUUCUGUGGCCUCUACAUCAAAACUAGUUUUAGAAUCACCCACCAUGCCUAACAAUGGUCCACGAGUUGCAAUUGGGGCCGGUGGGCCGGCAGCCCAAGUCUUAACUACCUAUGUGGUUUCGUUCCCUCCCUCUAUUCACACCAUCAAUGGGCCGAACGGGACUACGAUGCAGAUAGUAGAGCUCCCUUUGGUUGGAACUAGCAGCCACAGUGAUAAUUUUGAAACCUCCCAUCCGUCGGCAAACACGAGAACGAAGAAAAACAAGUCUGGAAAAUCUCGAAGCAAUAAAGGAUCCCCGACCAAAGCUAAAACAUUGAAGAUGCUCCAAGUUUGGUCACCCCUGAAGGGCAGGAAAUCCAAGUCAAACUCACGCAUAGCUACGCUCACCCUGCAGGAAAUCAAUGUGUGGACAGAGGCGAAAAACCAAAACAACCAAGCUGUUGGAGAACGCUCCGCGACAGCUGAAAGUGAUGACCAACCAAUGCCGACCUAG